AGACAUAGAGAGAGGGAGGUGGGGGCAGCAGGCGGUGCUGGCAGCGUUAAUACAGUCCUGCCAAGUUCUCUCUCGGCUGGGAAUGUUCACCGUUCAUUUUACACCGGGACUGGUGAAAAGACUGACGUUUUAACUCGGGACUGGUGAAAAGACUUAAGGUUUAACUCGGCAAAAAUGAGACUUUCGCCCUUGCUAUUGAUCCCAGGGUUUUUUGUCUGUGUACUUUUCCCUCUGACAGUAUGUGACGAACAACAAAUCCCUAAAGACAAUCUUUUAGUUUUGACAGUUGCAACCAAAGAGACUGAUGGCUUCAGGCGUUUCUUGAAGUCGGCUAAGCACUUUAACUACACCAUCAAGGUUCUGGGACGAGGUCAGAAAUGGAAGGGAGGUGACUACAUGACAGCUCCAGGAGGAGGCCAGAAGGUACGACUCCUGAAGACAGCUCUGGAGGAGAUGAAGAAACAGGACAAAAUCAUCCUAUUUAUUGAAAGCUAUGACGUGGUUUUUGCCUCGGGUCCUAAAGAGUUGUUGAAGAAGUUCCAGCAGACCAGACACAAGGUGGUGUUCUCCUCCGAGAGCCUCGUCUGGCCUGACAGACACCUGGAGGACAAACACCCUCAUGUCAGGGAAGGAAACAGGUUCCUGGGCUCUGGCGGUUUCAUUGGCUACCUUCCCAACAUCAGAGAAAUGGUUGCUGAUUGGAAAGGAAAAGACAACGACAGUGACCAACUGUUCUUCACCAAGAUUUACAUUGAUCCAGUGAAAAGAAAAUCCAUAAAUAUCACAUUGGACAGUAAAUGCAGAAUGUUCCAGAACCUUCAUGGGGCCCUCGACGAGGUGGUGCUGAAGUUUGAAGACAGUCGGGUACGAGCCAGAAAUUUACUGUAUGACACCUUGCCUGUCAUCAUUCAUGGGAACGGACCAACCAAGCUCCAGAUCAACUACCUGGGUAACUACAUCCCCAACACGUGGACAUUUGAAAAUGGAUGCACAGUGUGUCACGAGGACCUCCGACCCCUCACAGCUCUUAAGGAGAGUGAAUACCCGAUGGUGGUGAUUGGCAUCUUCAUUCAGCAGCCCACCCCCUUUGUCGCAGUGUUCUUUGAACGUCUGAUGAAGCUUAAGUAUCCAAAGAACAGGCUCAAACUGUUGAUUUUCAACCAGGAAGUUCAUCAUGAGAAUCAUGUCAGCUCUUUUCUUCACAAUCAUGGAAACCUUUAUCAAGACGUCAAGUUCAUCGGGCCUGAAGAGGGGGUGGACGGACCUGCGUCCCGCAACCUGGGCUUUGAUAUGUGCCGGAAGGACAAGGACUGUGACUAUUUCUUAAGCAUUGACAUUGAAGUGGUCUUAAAGGAAGAGAACACACUCAAAAUUCUAAUUGAGCAAAACCUUCCUAUUGUGGCCCCGAUGAUAACUCGAGUUGGUCGACUGUGGAGCAACUUCUGGGGAGCCCUCAGUGUAGAUGGCUACUAUGCCAGGUCUGAGGACUAUGUGGACAUAGUUCAAGGCCGUAGAGUGGGUGUGUGGAAUGUCCCAUAUGUGUCCAGUGUGUACCUGGUAAAGGGCAGCCUCCUUCGGUCAGAGCUCACAGACUCCGAGCUCUUUAACUCACACAUUUUAGACCCUGACAUGGCGUACUGCCACAAUAUUCGCAACAAGGGAAUCUUCAUGUAUGUAACCAAUAUGCACACUUUUGGUCGCAUCCUGUCAACGGAAAACUAUCCGACUGACCAUCUUCAUAAUGACUUGUGGCAGAUCUUUGAAAACCCAGUGGACUGGCAGGAGCGUUACAUUCAUGAGAACUACACUCAUAUCAUGAAAGACAAGCUCAUUGAAACUCCUUGUCCUGAUGUGUACUGGUUCCCAGUAUUCUCUGAUGUUGCUUGUGACCACAUUGUUGAAGAAAUGGAACACUUUGGUCAGUGGUCAGGAGGACGCAAUCAGGACCCCAGGAUCCAAGGUGGCUAUGAGAAUGUUCCCACAGUUGAUAUCCACAUGAAUCAAAUCAACUUUGAAAAGAAUUGGCACAAAUUCUUACUGGAGUACAUAGCUCCAAUAACAGAGAAAAUGUAUCCUGGUUACUACACCAAGGCUCAGUUUGACUUGGCCUUUAUAGUUAGAUAUAAACCAGAUGAGCAGCCCUCUUUGAGACCACACCAUGACGCCUCCACAUUCACUAUUAACAUUGCACUUAAUCAGCUGGGCCCUGAUUAUCAGGGUGGCGGUUGCAAGUUCCUCCGCUACGACUGCUCCAUCAAGGCCCCUCGCAAAGGCUGGGCCCUCAUGCAUCCAGGCCGCCUCACUCACUACCAUGAGGGCCUGCCGACCACCGCUGGUGUCCGUUACAUAGCAGUGUCCUUCGUGGAUCCCUGAACACCCAAAGAUGGCACACAUCACUGGCUAGUCUAGACCAAAUACCUGUCCAUUUCACUAUUAAUUAUUUUUGUUUUAAUGAUGUGUUACCUUCAUUGUUUAAAGAACUCUGAACAAUUUGUUCUUUAUUAGCAGUGUUCUAAGAUAUAAUGGACAUAAUAACAAAUCUCCUCAAUAGUGGAGAACUGGGUUAAAAGGAACACUCCAUUCAAACCCUCUCACAUGACAUAUUUUUAAGUAGAAAAAGCCUGACCAGCAGCCUGCCUCUUAGGUCAACUGCAGCUGUUCUUUCAUUUCAGUUUGGCAUUUCAGUUUUGAAUAAAUUCUACAUUGUGCCUUGA